AAACGUGACAGAGGCCGCUGUCGAGUGGGAGGGUCGGUCCAAAGUAACUUCAUAUCGUUGGCUUAAUAUGCUCCAGACCUGCAGCAGUCUGCUGUUAUUCUCUCAAUUUGUAGCAAUAGUUUGAUAUCCUCGACGUGCAGCCAUGCCGAACCCCUCUGAGCAGAGCUCUUGUCUGGUUCUGGAGAACUUCAUCGGAGGGAAGUUCGUCCCGUGUCGGACUCACAUCGACUCCUACGACCCGUCCGUCGGAGAGGUUUACUGCAGGGUGCCGGACAGCGGGGCGCCGGAGGUGGAGGCAGCGGUGGCGGCGGCUAAAGAAGCGUUCCCCGGGUGGUCCGCUCGCAGCCCGGAGCAGCGGGCUCAGGUCCUCAACAAACUGGCCGACCUGUUGGACGCCAACGUGGAGGAGUUCGCCCAAGCUGAAUCCAGGGACCAAGGUAAAACAGUAACAUUUGCACGGACUGUUGACAUUCCCCGAUCUGCGUACAACUUCCACUUCUUUGCCUCAUCCCUGUUGCACCACACCAACGACUGCAGCCAGACGGACCACAUGGGCUGCCUGCACUACACCAUCCGCUGCCCUGUGGGAGUGGCCGGUCUGAUCAGCCCCUGGAACCUCCCCCUGUACCUGCUGACCUGGAAGAUUGCUCCUGCCAUCGCUGCAGGCAACACAGUGGUGGCCAAACCCAGCGAGAUGACCUCUGUGACUGCCUGGAUGAUGUGCAAGUUGAUGCAGCAGGCUGGUGUUCCUCCAGGAGUUGUCAACAUUGUUUUCGGCACUGGGCCAAAAGCAGGCGACGCCCUGGUCAGCCAUCCUGACGUCCCAUUGGUCUCCUUCACUGGCUCCACGGCCACUGCCCAGUGCAUCACAGAGCGGAGCGCCCCCUACUGUAAGAAGCUCUCUCUGGAGCUGGGAGGGAAAAACCCUGCCAUUAUUUUUGCUGACGCAGACCUGGACCGGUGCAUCGAGACCACUGUUCGCUCCAGCUUCUCCAAUCAGGGGGAGAUCUGCUUGUGCACCAGCAGGAUUUAUGUAGAAGGGAGUAUUUACUCUGAGUUCCUGGAAAGGUUUGUGGCUGCGGCUAAGAAGUGGAAGACAGGUGCGCCCUCUGACCCAGGCAACGACAACGGAGCGCUCAUCAGCAAAGAGCACCUGGAGAAGGUCCGUAGCUUCGUAGCACUCGCCAAAUCUGAAGGAGGCACGGUCCACUGUGGGGAGGGGGUGGAUCAGCUCCACCUCCCUGAGCGCAACGCUAAAGGCUACUUUAUGCCGGCCACCGUCAUCUCAGGCAUUUCUGACAGCUCCCGCGUCAUGCAGGAGGAGAUCUUCGGCCCCGUCACCUGCGUCUCCCCCUUUGACUCAGAGGAGGAGGCCGUUUCCAAGGGCAACGGCGUGCGCUAUGGUCUGGCGGCCACCGUGUGGUCCCAGGACGUGGGGAAAGUUCACCGGAUGGCCAGGAAGAUACAGGCAGGCCUGGUGUGGACCAACUGCUGGCUGGUGAGGGAUCUGAACCUGCCCUUCGGAGGGAUGAAGAACUCUGGUGUGGGGAGGGAGGGGGGGAAGGACUCCUACCACUUCUUCACCGAGGUGAAGACCGUCACCGUCAAACACUGAGGGGGGAAAAAGAGAUGGCUACCUUCAUUGGAGAAAAAGUGUUGUAGUUAAUCGUGACAUUCAUCAACCUUUGCUGGCAUCUUUUGUGAAUUCCAAUGAAAGCGUUCUGCUCGGAUUACUGGAGCCUGUAAUUAAGUCUCAUCAUAGAAUACAAAAGUCAGAGGAGGUCACAGAGGAAUAAACAUGCAUCCAAAAACAAUGUCAAGUAAAGAGGAAAUGUAUUACACUGCAAAACGCUGUAAUACCUUUUUUAUUAGUUAAUCCCUUAAUAUUCUAAACUGCCUUAUUCUACUGUGGAGCAUUUUGGAUGCAUAGGGUGUGUUAGGGCUUCAUAUUUAAAAAAAAGGAGCUGAGCAAGUCGCAAAUCCCUGUCUCCUGCAUGCCAGUAAGUCAUUCUGCAAAGAAUGCAUGCAGCACAAGCACAGAUAGAAUGAAUAGAAAAGCUUCUGGUUAAGCAUGGUAAACAAGUGAGAGUUGGUAUGUGCCUCAGGAGAACCCAAAAAGCAAAUCAUUGUCAAAUGUAAUGUCCUGGUAUUUCUUCAGAUUUUUUGUAACACCGCAUCAAAUUAAAACACUUUCAACAUGCA